AUGUCGCUCUACGGGCCAUCCGUCGUCAUCCCCCUCUAUUCCGUGCUGAUGGCCGUCGGCCUCGCAUCGACAGGUACAAGAGUAUGGAUACGUGUGUCUCAAUCCCGGGACAGUCUGGGCAUAGACGAUGCACUCAUUAUCGCUGGCGUCGUCAUCAUGGUUGCCGUCAAUGGCAUGCAGUACUAUAAUGCUUUGGUAGGCACAGGGGGAGAAGCCGUCACAGAUCCAGACACGAAAGCUCAGGCCGUCGUGGCAUCUCGCAAGAUAGAUUGGAGCAUGAUUGUUAUCGAGAAGGCGGCAUUCGGGGCGGUCAAGCUGUCCUUCCUCUUCUUUUACCGUCGCAUCUUCAACGUGUGGCCAACCUUUCGACGCAUCAAUCAUGCUCUGAUGGCCAUUGUCUUUGCUUGGGCACUGGCUUUCAUGAUAUCCGAUAUCUUGAUUUGUGGGACGCAUCCCGAACUAAUUUGGGGCUACGAUCAAACUAUCGCUCGCGCCCAGUGUGGCAACAGAGGCGCACAGCUGCUGGCGUUCUCUGUCACGAGCGUUGCGACCGAUAUUGCGGUACUCACCCUUCCCAUUGUGUACAUCGGCAGACUGCAGAUGUCAAGGAAGAGCAAGCUUGCCGCCUCCAUGGUCUUUCUCUGCGGAUCGUUAUCAACUGGAGCGAGCAUCCUGCGUAUGAUAUUCCUCAUCGUUUCCUAUCCUGUCGGCCGCCUGGGCUUUGCCUAUUCUCCACCUCCUCAAGAAGAAACACCCCUGGUUCUGAAGGCCUUCAACCCGACCGAAGGUCUUCUCAGCAGCCUCUUCAGUGUCUUCCACUAUCCGGGAUCGCAGGCCAUCAUAUGCAACAAACGCAAAGGCUACGUCUACUCAGGCAAACACCUACCAUGA